AAUAUUAUUAAUCGAAAAAUGAUGCAACGAUAUAAUAUCCAAUAGUAGACAUAAACAACCAUUUUCAAUACGGACAAUCUGCAAUCAAGCCUUCAAGUAUUGAGGCUACCUCCCAUUUAUCGAGUUGCAUAUCUAUUUAUAUUUCUAUUUUUAGCUAUUCAUCUGCUAUUUAGUUACGAAAACAUAACAUUGUAAUUCGUUGAUAAGAAAAUUCACCUAAAAUCUAUGACAACUUCAAGAUGAACUUUCUAAAUGCGUAACGUGCGUAACGCGUAAUGCCUCUGAGGUUAUGUUUUUAAGUACAUGUGUAUAGAGCAUAAAUUCUGUGUGUAUCUAAUAUUAAUUAUGUAUGUAUAGUAAAUUGGGAAACGGAAGCUUGUGUUAUACUUGAUAGUUUAUGUAUGUAUUGCUCUAUAUUUUUGUAUGCGGAGACACAAGAUUCAGCAAUUUAUAAAAAAAAAAUUCUGAAAAAUAGGAUAUAUGUUCUACCGUUACCAUUUUUAAUUAUAUUAUUUGGGUUAUAAUGUUAUGGAACUUUAAGGUUGUUCAAAGGUGUUGUGUAUUUUUCUUAGUCGAUAUAAGUAUGAACAUUCAUGAUACAUAUAAAUUUCCGUUAUACAUGAGAAAGAAACUAUAUUUAAUUAAAUGUUGUUGCAAAUAAUGUUGCUGUUUUAUAAAUUUAUAAUGUAACGACGGGUCUAACCAUUAACAAGAAUUUUGUUUUUUUUAACACGUACGUUCAAAGGUGUGAUAUCAGUGAAGAGAAAGUGUAGUACAAAAAUAUGUCAUUUAUGAAUAAUGUUAAUAACUACAAUAAAAUGGUUUCCGAAGAAAUCAUACAAACAGCAUGUACGAUGGAUGAAAGUUCAACCGAAUUUAUGGUUUUACCUAAAUUUGAAAACAUGGAAGAAUCCUUGGUUGUCGGUGAAGAAAUAGUGGUAGAUGAAAAUAUGGAUAUAAACCAACAAAUUUCUGAAGAAGAUAUCUGCAAAUCUAAAGAAACAUCUGAAUAUUUUGAAGAAAGUAUAGAUACAACAAUGCCUGUUGAAUAUGUCGAAGAUUCUGUAUCGUUAUCUACAAGGAACAUUGAUAAACAGAAAUGGCUCUCAAAUGAUACCAAUAACGAUGACUUAUUGUUACCAGAGCCAGAAGAAAGUGAGUCAGAAAUUGGUUGUAAUAAAUUAACAAGUGAUGAUCAAUAUGAAGAUGAGGAAACAAUAGCAACAUUCGUGACUGCUACUGGCCAACAACUGGCAUUAUACGCAGUAGAAGAUUCAGAAGAAAUUUUUGCUGUAGCAAUGUACGACGAAUCUGGUGUACCUCCAACAAGUUUUCAGUUUCUUAUGAAGGCUGAUGUUGAAAGAUUAAUAGGUGAAGGUGCUGUUAGAACUGUAAGAAAACCAACACAAAUAAAAAAACAAUUAUUAACAACACAGCCACCAAUAUUCUUUCCCAAAAAUGUUUCUACAAAUGACAUUUUGAUACAUAAUGAAAAUAAAAUUAUAUCAUCUGGAAAUCAAAAAAUACAAAAGAAAGAUAAUUUAUGGGAAGAAAAUUCAGAAACAUUGACAGAAGAUUCUAAUUUAGAUCUACAUUUGAAACAAGUUCCUAACAUUAUAUACGCAGCUGAUGAUAAACAGUCAGAUUUAACAUACUUAAUGAUGGAUAAUUGUUCUGUAAACAUUGAUAACUCUGAAGAUUAUCAAGAAGAGGAGGAAAGUGAUAGUGAGUUUAUAGAACAGUCAACUGUACAGUAUAUUCUCUUUGAAGGUGAUCAAUCUGAUUCUGAAUUGACCUUCGACGAGAUCCAAACUACUCUUCGAAAUCUUAAAGCUUCCGAAUCAAAAUCAUCAAGAAAGCAAUUGAGUAAAAAAUCUGACGAAGAUCAAAACAACUUUGUAAAUAUUAAAGAAACCGAAUACGAUCACUCACAGUUGAAUCACAAUUCUAAUUGCAAUCACAUUUCUAAUACUUUGACGGAAAGAAAGCUAAAUUUAAUAGAUCAGAAUGAAUCACUGGAGCCAUUUAUAAAUUCGACAAUGGAUGAAAUGUCGAGUAACACAAAUUUAGAUCUCUCAAAUGGUUCUAUAGAAUGCGUAUCACCGGAAUCAACACAAAUACAAUACAAAACUAAAAGAUCUCGUAAACAACAAUUAAUUUCUGUGAAUCGUGAAGAUUCAGAAAUAAUUAUACAACCGGCGUCUCUUUUAAGCGAAGAAGAUAAUAAUGUUAAGAAAAGAGGGAAGCGAAGAAGGUAUCGUCAAAGGAGCAACGAAGCAAAGAGAAUGAAAAGGAUUAAACGUAAGGAAGUUGAAAUCAUUGAAAUCGACGUUGACGAAGAAGAAAAUAUGCUUCAGUCAAAGAGGGAUGUUGUUGAAAUAACCAUAGACGAUAGUAAAGAUAAAUAUUCUAGCGAUAAAGAAAAUGAAAUUAUUAUGGUAGGAGAUUCUGAUGAUGAAUCGUCACAGUCAAAUUCAAAAAAGAUUUUGCCGCAGUGCCAAUACUGUGCAAGAAACUUCCGGCAACAAAGAGCUUUAGAAACUCAUUUACGAGUUUGCUCAAAAUCACCAUCAAACGCGAUUCGAUUUAGCGAACAGAAAAUCAAACAUACGAGUCGAACGAACGAAGACACGGUGAAAAAACAGUACGCUUGUAAAAUAUGUCAACAGAAAUUCGAUGUGGUGGUUGUAUUAGCGCGUCAUGUACGUUCUGAACAUUCUCAUAGGAAAAAACGUAGAUUUAGUAAAUCCUCGAUCGAACGACCAUCCAUAGAGGUCGAGGAGAAAAAAGAACCUAUUGAAUCUAAGAAGCAGUUAACUAUGAUUAAAAAGAUGAAAAGAAAAAGAAGUCAACGACCAAACAUUACCUGGGAAGUAAAAAAGUUGAGUUGCUCUGAUUGCGGUAGAUGGUUCCCAAGCGCUGCCUUAUUGAGAGCACAUUGUUUACAGCAUGAACAUAAGAUACACAAGUGUCACAUAUGCCAGAAGCUAAUAAGGUCCAGAUUGCUCUUUGUACAACAUUUAAAAAAGCAUCGACGUAUGCAAAAGAAUACAAAGACUAUAGCAAAUAUUCAAAAGAAAUUGCACACUACAAGAUCAGUGACAAGUAAGAUUACAACAUUGAGAAAACGGGGACGACCGCGAAAACUUUGAUUGCUUUGAGGAUUAAUGCAUAGAAAUUUAAAAAAAAAUGGUGAUACGUGACAAAAAUUGUUACUAUAUAAUUUCUUCUAAUGUGAAAUAUGUAUAAUAUAAAGUUCAUACUUCCAAUAAAAAUUGGAAAUAUUUAUAUGUUUGUUGGAAAAGAGAUAUCUUUCACUUUAAAGCACAUUAGAUGUUUAGUCCAAUGUAUAUAUUAUUUACAUACAUUAUGUAUGUAAUAAAUCAUUUAAUUUUACAAUGUCAUAUACAUUCGUAGUUUAAUAUUAAUAUAAAGGCUGACUUCUCCUAAUUAACGUUUGUAUUUAAUCAUGGUAUUAUUUAUGAAAUAAUAAAGUACUGAAACUUAAAACUUUAAUUGAAAUUGAGGAGAAGUUUGGAGAAUUAGAUCAAG